AUUUUCCUUAUUGAAAUUUUUUAUCCAACUUUACUUGUAUUAGUUAGAAAUCUCUUAUAUAUAUUCAUUCCUAUUUAAUAAGGCAGUAUGAGUGAUCAAGUACUAUUUCAAAUCAGUGGAAUGACUUGUGCUGCAUGCUCGGGAUCUAUCCAUUCGGCUGUUGCCGGCUUGAACGGGGUCUCCGAAGUGGCAGUAUCACUAAUGACAGAAGAAGCUAAAAUCAAUUUUGAUUCAACUAUAAUUAAAAUUGAUCAAAUUCAAAAAACUAUUGAAGAUUGUGGAUUUGGAGCUAAAUUGAUAUCAUUUAAACCACAAAUGAAUAAUCAAUCACAACCACAAACUCAUCUUAACUUAAAAGAGAGCAAAUUUGAGAUUCAAGGUAUGACAUGUGGAGCUUGUUCUGCAUCAAUUACUGAAGCUCUUGAAAGCAAUCCUAAUAUAAAAUCUUCUACUGUAUCAUUAUUAACUGGUGAAGGAUUAAUAAAGCAUACUGGUGAAAUUAAUAUUGAAGAAAUUAAAGAAAUCAUCGAAGAUUGUGGAUUUGAUGCCACUCAUAUUAAAACUAUCAAUCAUAAUCAGAAUCAACAAGAUCAAUAUCAUCUACAAUCAGAAUCAAUAUCAGAAGAAGAUGAAAUUAGUCUACAAAUAUUUGGAAUUAAUAAUCAAACAGAUGUUAUACAUUUACAAUAUAAUAUAGAAGCAUAUUUAAAUAGUCUGGCUGGUAUUCAUAAUUUUCGAAUUGCCUUUAAAGAAUUACCUGAUAGAUCCAAUGCUCCAUUGGUAACAGAUGCAAAUUCUAAUAAUGUACAAGCCAUGAGAUCAAGUGAUGAAUUGGCUAGUGAUGGAGAUAAUCUUAUUGAUGAAUUAUCUGUUACAUAUAAUCCUAAUAUUAUCGGAGUAAGAGAUCUUGUAGAAGGGUUAGAUAAUAUAUCACCUGAAAUCUCAUUUGCCAUAAUAAAUUCAAUAGAUCAAUCAUCUUCAACUCAAUUAAAAAUGUUAUCUCGUAUAAAGGAGAUUAACUAUUGGAGAAUAAAUUUCUUACAAUGUCUUGGAUUCGGAAUACCAAUAAUUGCCAUGUCCAAUACUCAAAAAUAUGAAUUUUGGUCUAAUUUAAUUCUUUUCCCUGGCUUAUAUUGGGUUUCAUUAUUACAAUUUAUUUUAGCUAUUCAUGUUCAAUUCAAAAAUGGAGCUACUUUUAAUACCAAAUUUAUUUAUUUUAUAAGAAAUGGAGGAAAGAAUGCAACUAUGGAUGUAUUAGUUUGUAUAUCAUCACUGGUUUCAUUUUUAUUUUCAGUUAUUUCUAUAAUAUUAAGUGUAUGGUCGGGUCAACAAGUAUCACCACCUAAAUUAUUAUUUGAUACUUCUACUAUGUUAAUUAUGUUUAUAUCAUUUGGGAAAUGGUUGGAGAAUAAAGCUAAAGGUGCUACUUCAACUGCAUUAUCAAAAUUAUUGGCUUUAACUCCAUCAAGUUGUACUAUUAUUAGUGAUAUAGAUAAAUAUGAAAGAUACCUUGAAAUGCAAAGGAAAUAUUCUAAAGAAAAUUCUGAUGAAGAUUCAAGUAUGGAAAAUUUUAGUACAAGAACUAUUGGUAUUGAUCUUAUCCAAACUAAUGAUAUUGCAGUAGUAUUACCAGGAGGAAAGAUUCCAGCUGAUGGUGUAGUUGUUUAUGGAGAAUCUGAAGUUAAUGAAGCAUUUAUUACGGGAGAAACUUUACCAGUACAUAAAAAGCGUGGUAAUCAAGUUAUUGGAGGUUCUAUCAAUGGAGCUAAUUUAAUUCAUAUUCGAGUUUUAAAAACUGGUAAAAAAUCUCAAUUACAUCAAAUUAUAUCCUUAGUUAAAGAAUCCCAAAUUAGUAAAGCACCAAUUCAAAGAUUUUCUGAUUAUAUUGCUGCAAGAUUUGUUCCAACAGUUUUAUUAUUGGCUACUAUAACUUUCUUAUUUUGGAUAGUUAUAUGUUAUUGGACUCAUUCUGAUUCUUUACCAAUGGCAUUUACUAAAGAUGAAAAUGGGAAAUUCUUUGUAUGUUUAAAAAUUGCUAUUUCAGUUAUUGUUGUUGCAUGUCCAUGUGCAUUAGGUUUAGCUGCUCCAACAGCUGUAAUGGUUGGUACUGGGAUUGGUGCUGAACAUGGAGUUUUAAUUAAAGGGGCAGAUAUUCUUGAAAAAGCCAGUGGUAUAAAUGUAAUUUUAUUUGAUAAAACAGGUACUUUAACUACUGGAGAUAUGAAAUUAGUUAAUCAUAAGAUCAUUUCCAAUAGUAACUUUCGUGAACGUGAUUGGUGGACCAUUGUUGGAUCUGUAGAAAGUAAUUCUGAACAUCCAGUUGGAAGAGCCAUUACUAAAGCUGCCAAAUCUCAAUUAAAUCUUAAUUUUGAGGAAGAUACAUUUGAUAGUAUUAUGAGUGAUUUUAAAGUAUUAACUGGAUUAGGGAUCAGUGCAACUAUUCAAAUUGGUAUAAAUAAAUACUCAGCUACUAUUGGGAAUUAUAAACUUAUGGAAAAUCAAUAUCCUAAUUUAAUGAAGAUGAUAGAUAAAGAUAAUGAAAUAGAUAGAUUGAAUACUAUUGCUUAUGUUAUAAUUAAUGAUGAAUAUUGUGGUAAUUUACAAUUAUCUGAUAAUUUAAAGAAGAAUUCUAGAGAAAUUAUUCAAUAUCUAUUACAACAUGAACAUUAUCAAGUUGGUAUGGUAACUGGUGAUAGUAAAGAAGUUGCUGAAAAGCUUGGUAAAGAAUUAGGUAUUGCAUCCUAUAAUAUCUUUAGUCAAGUAACCCCUAUUGAUAAGGAUAAAGUUAUUGUUGAUAUCAAAAAACGAUUAGGAGGUGUUGGAGUUGCCUUUAUUGGUGAUGGUAUUAAUGAUGCUCCUGCUUUAGCCCAAGCUGAUAUUGGUAUGGCUAUAAGUACAGGAACUGAUAUUGCUAUUGAAUCAGCAGAUAUUGUAUUGGUUGGAUCUAGAACUGAUUAUGAUCGAUCCUAUGAUGAAAGUAGUAAUGAUUUGAUUGGUGUUUUAAAUGCCUUACAUAUUUCUAAUGCUACAUUUUCUAAAGUUAAAGUCAAUUUCAUAUGGGCUGCUAUAUAUAAUAUGAUUAUGUUACCAUUUGCAAUGGGAUGUUUCUUACCAUUUAAUGUUAUGUUACCACCAAUUGCUGCUGCAUGUGCUAUGAUGUUAAGUUCCGUGAGUGUUGUACUUAGUUCUUUAACCUUAAAAAGUUGGAAAGCUCCAAGAAUUAAUGAAGAUUAUACUACUUUUAAAGUUGAUUUAGAAGCUAUGAAUGAAGCCUUUAAUUUAAAAGAAGGAACUAGAGAAGAAUUUGAACUUGUUAGGAGGAAAGGAAAUACCCGAACUCUUGGCAAUCCUAUUAGUUAUAUGAAGAAUUUUUUUAACAGAUAUUAUACUUCCAGAAGAGUUUAUACACAUAUUCCUUCAUCAUUAUAGAUUUGUUAGUUAGUUAGUUAGUUACUGUUUAAAAGUUUUUGUAUUAUUCUUUACUAUAUUAAUUUAAUUUUAUGAUCUACGAGAUAUAUAUAUAUAUGAGUAGUAUUGUUGUGUCUUAG